ACAUAUCUGCAAAAUCCGGCCAGGUGAUGAUCGAUCGAUUUUCAGUGGGGGGGAUUGCUGACAAUCACUGAUACUUGAGGAGGUAGUACUACAGAUCGCUGGGCUCCAGAAACAAAAGAAGCAGCAGAUACCGACCGUCUAACUGCACCGGUCGACAGUAUUCACUUUUGGAGCGUGUCCUUAUCGAAGCGGAGAUGCCCGGGCAAGAGGCGUACGUAACGCUAGUGACGAACGACAACUACGCUCUGGGAGCUCUGGCCUUGGGCCGCUCUCUGCGUGACACACUGACCACCAGAAGACUCUCACUCCUCAUCACAGAUGAAGUCUCCUACCCAAUGAGAGAGAGGCUGGGUGUGCUAUGGGACGAACUGACUGUUGUGGACCUACUGGACAGCGGAGACGAGGAUCGACUAGCACUGCUCACGCGGCCAGAACUUGGUGUCACGUUCUCCAAACUCCACGCCUGGAAACUCACGCAGUACUCCAAGUGCGUCUUCCUCGACGCAGACACGCUCGUGUUGGAAAACGUGGACGAGUUGUUUGACCGGGAAGAGCUGUCAGCGGCUCCAGAUAUAGGCUGGCCGGAUUGCUUCAACUCUGGUGUGUUUGUCUUCGAACCUUCCGUGGAUACUUACACGAAUCUUCUUGAAAUGGCAAAACAGACGGGCAGUUUUGAUGGUGGUGACCAGGGGCUGCUGAACCUCUAUUGGCCUGACUGGGCCACCAAGGAUAUCAAGUUCCAUCUACCGUUCAUAUACAACAUGGUUCCUAAUGCUGCCUACGGCUAUGCUCCAGCUUUCCUGAGAUUUGGUCGAAAUGCGAAGAUCAUCCACUUCAUCGGUGCGGUCAAACCCUGGCAUCAUCAGUAUGUCCCGGGAGUGGAUGCAGUGGUGCUGACUCCAGGAAGCUAUAGCAGCACCAGUGCAGCGUAUGACUUCAUCAAGCUGUGGUGGCAGGCCUACAACAGGACAUGCGAGGGAGCGGAACACUCAACAACACACGAAGCUACGGUUGUCGGCGAGCUCUACUACCCUUCAGAUAAAUCGCAGGACCAGCACGAUAUCGAGCAGGGAAACAUCGACUACACGGGGAAAGAUAGCUUUGAGAAUCUUGUCCUAAGUGCACUUGACCAACGUUUAGAGGACUCUGAGAGAGGAGACUAGUAGAGACUUUGUAAAGUUAGAGUAUAGUAGUCUUUUGCACACCCACAAGGUUUGUAUACAAAGUUUAUUAUGGAGUUUGUUUUUUUAAAAGUUAGUUAAGAAUGCAGUUUUAUUGAUGAUGCACGUUUUUGUUUCAGUGAUGGCAGGAAAAACAAACACUAAUGUCAGUGUGAAGGAAAACAUUUUUGUCUGAUUUCUGCUCCGUUUUUCUUUGACCAAAGCUCUGUUAUGGCGGCUGGUCCGUAGCGCCACGUGUUUAUCAUUAGAGCUGGCGUGAGGUUCCUAACCGUGUGUGUCCAGCCCCGAGGAAGAUAGAGUACUUCACCCGACUCCAUAGUAAAGGUUAUCGGUGUGGCCCUGGCGAAAAGCGGAAACUUUUUCAAGUCUGGCACAGUGAAGCUGUUCAGAGCAGUGCUCCAUUCUAGGCUGCCAGCUCUCUGGACGUAGUAGAGAUAUUUGUAGUCGGUCGGUGGGAAAAUUGUCCAUUGCUUGCUGCCGAGGAUUUGGUAGGCAAAGUUGUCCUUGCUGUCAAUGUGUCCUUGUGUAAAUGUCCCAGGAGCUCCAAUCCUGAAGAAUAUAUAUUUGCUCACUAGGCUAGUAGCAUUGAUACGUCUACUCUACACUAGCUAUGAAUGCAAUGCAGUGCAUUUCUUAUGGUUUGGAGCUAGAUUAGUGCAGCAGGUGUUGUUUGAGUGACUUACCAGGCCGUUGGUUCCAGGU